UUCUGAACUGUAUAUAAGAAUAUGUGUUUCUUUGCUCCAACAGGCUUUGUCAGUCUCACUGAAGAAGGUGAACGGCUACAGCUCGGAAGUCAUUUCCUAUUCCCAAAUUAUAACCCUGACUUGUUGCUUAACAUUGUAAAGGUUCCCACUGCUGGAAAAAUGAGGAAUCUGGUCGUGUUUGUUGUCAUCCUUCAGCUGUCAAUCACAAUAAUAGACACUAAGGAUGAAUUCAAAUUUGGGGAUAUAAUUGCCUUCCCAAGCAAGCUAUGUAACUGUUUCACCUACACGCACUAUGCUGUUUGGGUAGGAGACGAAUACUUUGAGGGCAAAAAACCUGGGCAGAACAUCUUCGAAUACAAUGGACACUUUGAGGUAUUUCCAGAUUUCAGGGUCGCUGGCUGUGUUUUCAAUAAACUCCCGACAGCAAAGGAACACAAGAAAGACAACUACCUUGAUGACUAUUUCGUAGUGGGGACUUACAAAGAAAUCAGGAUACGAAUCCUCCAGCAGCAACACACAUGUAAGACCUAUAAUCCCUUUGCCAACAACUGCGAACACCUUGCUACCUACAUUCGCUACGGAGAAAAGAUUUCACUGCAGAAUGGCAAGGAUGCUGCAAAAUACUGCAAAAAUAAAGCGCUGGAUCCAGAACUACAGAAGAUGCUGGAUUCCAAGAAAUCAUGUGAAGCACUGUGCAAAGCUUCCUCAAGCAGGGGUCCUGGUUGAAUGUCUUUCCAGUCCUGUCCACCUGUGUGACCUUUCCUCACAUGAAAUGAGGUCUUAUUUGAAAUAAAAAGGAGAAAGAA